CCUAUCUGCUGCUGCAGCUCCGGCCCACGCCGCCUCGGGGUUAUUUCUGUACAGGAGGCAGCACUGUGGUCUGUGCGGCGAGCGUGAGGUGGCUGGCUCUCUGGUCAACGCCUCCCGCUCCAGAGCAAGCUGGGCCACCAACCUCUCGCCAUGGACUCCCGGCCACACGGGGCGCUGAGCCUACUGCUCCUACUGUUGGCGCCCCGGAUCCGCCCAGCCACGGGUUGCCCCGCGCCGUGUAGCUGCGCAGGGACGCUCGUGGACUGCGGGCGACGCGGGCUGACGUGGGCCUCACUGCCUGCCGCCUUCCCGCCUGACACCACGGAACUGGUGCUGAUGGGCAACAACUUGACGGCACUGCCACCGGGGCUGCUGGAUGUGCUGCCAGCGCUGCGCGCGGUGUACCUAAGCGCCAACCCCUGGCACUGCGACUGCAGCCUGGUGCCGCUGCGCGCGUGGUUGGCGGGUCGCCCGGAGCGCGAGCCCUACCGCGACCUUCGCUGCGCUUCGCCCCCUGCACUGCGCGGCCGCCUGCUGCCCUACCUGACCGAGGACGAGAUGCGCGCCUCCUGCGAGCGGGGUCGGCUCUGCUGGGGGGCGCUGGUGGCUCAGCUAGCGCUGCUUGGCCUAGGGCUGCUACACGCGCUGCUGCUGGCGCUGCUAUUGUGCCGCCUGCGGAGGCUAAGAGCCCAAGACCGUAGACCGCACGGGCUAUCGCUGAACACCCCUCUGGUAGCCGAACCCGCUGCAGCUGGUGCGUCCUGAGAGAAGCGCAAAGCACGCAGGCCUGCAAACUCCACAGGACGCUGUCCAAGGAUCCCUCUCCCUAACCAAGAUCCCCCUGGGUCUUCUCCCCUGCCUGAUCUCCCAAACCCACCGGGCGGGUAGGGUCAGAUCUAUGUGGGUUGGAAAUGUUGCCAAGACGAAGUCAGGAAACCCUGUGCCCUUCAUACUUAGAAAGAUGAAGGAGCCUAGCUGCAACUGAAACACUGUGGAGUCUUCCCAAAUUCCACGAUGAAUAAACCAUUUUCCUGA